AUGUCAUUCUCAGAUAUGGAUCGACAAAAAUCAGAUAAUGAGUCGGCAGCCGCAGCAGACGUGGUAGUCCUCGUUAAUAGGAAUGGAGCGGUCAAUGCUGGAAAUCACCUUCUGGAUGUUAAUCAUUCAACGGCGUCUUCUCCGUUGGACAACAGAGUAAUUGGACUAAAAGAAAACCUAGUACUUGCUUUCAAGACGUUGGGUGUUGUCUUUGGCGGGCUGGUUACAUCACCACUUUAUGUUUAUCCAUCAAUGCCAUUGAAAUCUCCCACUGAAGAUGAUUACUUGGGAAUAUAUAGCAUAAUGUUCUGGACUCUUAGCUUGAUUGGUGUUGUCAAAUAUGCUAGCAUUGCUCUCAAAGCCGAUGAUCAGGGUGAAGGUGGAACCUUCGCCCUUUACUCACUACUUUGUAGGCAUAUAAAUAUUGGCAUUCAUACUUCCAAACAGAUGGAGUCAAAUUCAAGCCUCUUAUCUACCAAUCCGUUUGGGGAAUCUGAUAGGCAGAGUAGGCUUGGUAAAUUUUUUGAGAGAAGCUUGGUUUCUAGAAGGGUGUUGCUCUUUGUUGCAAUUUUGGGGAUGAGCAUGCUAAUCGGUGAUGGCAUACUUACUCCUGCAAUAUCAGUGUUGUCAGCAAUGGAUGGCAUUAGAGCACCUUUUCCCUCAGUCAGCAAAACAUGGGUUGAAGCCCUUUCAGCAUUUACUCUAAUUCUUCUGUUCCUGCUCCAGAGGUUUGGGACCUCACGAGUGAGUUUCCUUUUUUCCCCUAUCAUGGGAGCAUGGACUUUGUUUACUCCUAUGGUGGGAAUAUAUAGCAUCAUAAAGCAUUACCCCAGCAUAUUUAAGGCUAUAUCACCCCAUUACCUCUUCAGUUACUUCUUGAGAAAUGGAAAAGAAGGCUGGCUAGCCCUUGGUGGUACUGUCCUUUGUAUUACAGGCUCUGAAGCAAUGUUUGCUGAUCUUGGUCAUUUCAACAGGAGUUCCAUUCAGAUAGCAUUUCUCUUUGCCAUAUAUCCUUCACUGGUGUUAACAUAUGCUGGACAGACUGCUUACUUGAUUAGACAUCCAAAUGAUCAUGAUGAUGGGUUUUACAAAUUUAUACCAUCAGCAGUGUACUGGCCUUUAUUUGCCAUAGCCACACUGGCAGCAAUAGUUGCAAGUCAGUCUUUAAUUUCUGCCACUUUCUCUGUGAUCAAACAAUCUGUGGUACUAGAUUAUUUUCCUCGUGUCAAGGUAGUCCACACAUCCCCUAGCAAAGAAGGAGAAGUUUACUCCCCAGAAGUCAAUUUCAUUCUCAUGAUCUUAUGUGUUGCUGUAAUACUGAUAUUUGGAGAUGGAAAAGAUAUUGGAAAUGCAUUUGGUGUUGUUGUAAGCAUGGUAAUGCUUAUCACCACUAUUUUGCUGACACUAGUGAUGAUUAUUAUAUGGAGAACUCCGCCAAUUCUUACUGCUCUUUACUUCAUCACAUUUUUUGUGAUGGAAGGUGUCUACGUGAGUGCUGUUUUUACGAAGAUACCAGAAGGUGGAUGGAUUCCCUUUGCCAUAUCUUUUAUCCUUGCUUUCAUAAUGUUUGGUUGGUUCUAUGGAAGGCAGAGAAAGAUUGAAUAUGAGGUAACACAUAAGAUAGACUUGGACAGGCUUAAUUUGCUGCUUUCAGAUCCUGGGGUCCAUAGGGUUCCAGGACUUUGCUUCUUCUAUACCAACAUUCAAGAUGGGCUAUCGCCGAUUCUGGGUCACUAUAUAAAGAAUAUGAAAUCUCUCCACAAAGUUACAAUUUUCACCACUCUUCGGUAUUUGUUGGUUCCUAAAGUUGCACCACAUGAAAGGAUCGUUGUCAAGAAAUUGGGGCUCAAGGGGAUGUAUAGGUGUAUAAUGCAGUAUGGCUAUGCAGAUUCGCUAUGUCUUGAAGGAUAUGACUUUGUUACUCAAGUCACUGAUGUCUUACGAGAUCAUAUAAGCAACUGUCCAGAUGAAGAAGCUCUUAUUUCCUCAGAUGAUGAUGAAAUUUCUGAUUUGGAGGACGCAAAGCUUGCAGGCGUGGUUCAUGUUCAUGGGAAGACGAGGUUUCUCAUGGGUAAGAAGUGUAGCUGGUUUGACAGAAUUAUGCUUGCAUUCUAUGAAGUUUUACACAGUAAUUGUCGGCCUGCACUUCCUGCUUUGUGUGUGCCACCCCCACAGCGCAUCGAGGUUGGAAUGCUUUACGAAGCUUGA